AGCCUGCACGCGGGUCUCCGGCGCUGGCCGCCAUGGGGGUGCCGCCCCUGCCCCUUUACCUGCCGCCUCCCCGGCGUGGGGGGGGCGGGGUGGGGUGUCGGCCCGUCCGCGGCGGGGGCAGCGGGGCGUGGGGGCUGUGGGUGGCGGUGAAGGCGGCGUGUGACAGAUGUCCUCCUCUGACAGCUCUCGGUAUCAGCCCAGUGGCUCCCUGCCAUUGGCUCAGUGCAGCCGACCGGCAAGGCUGCUCGCUAUAAUAACACUAUGCCUGCCAGAGGCGGCAGCUCAGACGGCUCCGCCGCGGCCGCGCCGCCGCUCCUCCCCCGGCAGCCAGCGCCGCGCCGCGCCUGAGGGGCUGCGCCCCCCGCCCCUCCGCCGGCGCCGCACAUGCCGCGGGGCCCCGCCGGCCCCGGCCCUCCCCGCCGAGCCCAGGCCGGCCUGAGCGCCCCGCCGGUGGCGGGGAGGCGGCCCCGGCCCCAUCCCCGGCUCCAUGGAGUGCUACUACAUUGUCAUCAGCUCCGCGCACCUCAGCAACGGGCACUUUCGCAACAUCAAGGGAGUUUUCCGUGGCCCCCUCAGCAAGAACGGGAACAAAACUCUGGAUUAUGCUGAAAAGAAAAACACGAUAGCAAAAGCUCUGGAAGAUCUUAAAGCCAACUUCUACUGUGAACUCUGUGACAAGCAGUACUAUAAACACCAGGAGUUUGACAAUCACAUUAACUCUUACGAUCAUGCUCACAAACAGAGACUGAAGGAACUGAAACAGAGGGAGUUUGCUCGAAAUGUAGCAUCUAAGUCACGAAAAGAUGAAAGGAAACAGGAAAAAGCCCUUCAACGUUUGCAUAAGCUAGCUGAACUAAGGAAGGAGAGAACGUGCGCUCCUGGCAGUGGCCCUAUGUUCAAGUCCACUACAGUGACUGUGCGAGAUCAUUGCAAUGAUAUCCCACAAAGUGCUGCUGUAGAUUCUGCUGACAAACAGGAUUUCAGCUGUACUUUAAUGCAUGAUGCGCAGAAUUGUAAAGACAUUGCUUCUGUUAUUUCUUCUUCUCCUGGAAAUGCAUGUAGUAAUAAAUCUGAUGCUAACAAACGUGGAGAUCAGGUUCAAGGAGCUCAAGGACAUAGGGUUGGGUUCUCUUUUGCUUUUCCUAAGAAAGCAGCAGUCAAACUGGAGUCUUCAGCUGCUGUUUUCUAUGAAUAUAAUGAUGAAACAUCUCUGGAACGUGGAUUGAGCAGGAGAAGUAGGUUUGUUCCAGGAGCAUGUAACCUUCAGUCCCCUUCAGUGGCAGAAAUAGUCCUGUGCCCUGAGGAGAAACACGACUGUUUUCACCCACUGGUGGAAAAAUGCAUCGACACAGCAGAAGCUCCUGAAGCUCAGGAGUCAAAAGAGCUGGCCAGUGAAGAAACCAGGGUGCUAGAGAGUCCCAUAUUAUCUCCUUCUGUGUCCCAUUCAAAGCAGCUGAUGUCCUCGGACAUGGAUGGCUGUGGUAUUGAUGUAAGUCCAGCAGACUUUGCGGACCAAACGGUGCCAGCGGUUGCAGAGAGUGCUGAGGUCCUGCCCCUGGACUGCAGCGGUUACGAGCUGCAGGCAAACAGGGCUCUUGCACAAGCGGUUGUAGAGGAUUGUUCAUCUCUGCAGGAUGUUGCGGAGGAAAAUGAUAAAGACAGGAACAGUGAUUCAUCCACAACUGAAACUGAAAUACAAAAGCUGGGGGCAGACAUAUUAGUUCCAUCACCAUCUGAAGAAAGCAGUAGUGGAACGCCACAAAGCAAACAGGACAUGCGCAAGAGACCUUGUGAACCCUUUGUUCCUGUUCGUAGCAAACAUGGAUCAAAUAUUCUUCAGUGGCCAACAGAAAUGUUAACUUACACGAGUACAGACCCAUCGAUUUCUUAUAGCUGUAAUCCUUUGUAUUUUGAUUUCAAGUCAUCUAGAGCAAGUGACAGCCAAGAAAAGCCCAAGCAUCAGCCAAGCAUACCUCAUCUGCACCAUAAAACUGAAUCCAACGAUAGCUUAGUCUCGGAUUUUACAAAUAAACCUACUUCAGAGUGUGGUGAUUAUGAAACAGAAAUGAAUAAAAAUGUGUGCAACUAUACAAUACCCCUCAUAAGUGAUGUUCCCCUUGUCAGAAAUUGUGAUCUUGCAAAAAAUCAAAAUAAAGUGUCCUUGGAUGAGUCAUUCAGGAUUAGAAAAAUAGAAAAGUACCACAUUUCUAAAAAUUACUUGCGACAAAACACUGUGAUAGAUGAGAAAUAUAACAAAGUCUGGAUCAAAGAAAGCCAUGAAAAAUGGCUUCACAAAAGUAGAAAACGGAAAAGGAGAAGAAAACUAUGUCAUUGUCAUCAUCAUCACUGUGGGGACACAACAGCAGCAGAAAUGGAGAUGUCCUCAGUGACUGAAAAAGAAAUUAGUUACAGAGAUGAAAAUAAGCAUCAGCACCUCCAAACUGAUCCAGAUAAGUGCGGACAAGUUGCGGGGAAUAUCUGGCUAGCUACAGGAGAGAUACAGCAGUCGCAUCAAAAGCUUGGCACUGAAAGUAGUUAUAAGAGAGUCACGUCUGCAUCAGAUCAUGUACACGGGGACCGAGGCUUGUGUGAUAUUUGGAGUGCAAUAAAGAGUGGCCAACACCAUGGUUGUAAACGACCACACAGAAAGAGCAAAGCAAGUUCUGGGAGACAGGCAGAGCAGCUGGCUCCGCGUUCUAGGAGGCACAGCUUAAGGUACUCUAAAACAUGUUGUAGCUGGAAAGUCAGGAGGUCAAGCUGUAGCCCAGAGCAUAAAUGUUUAGGACAAUGCAGUGAGGAGAAGAGUCCGAGUCACAACCAGUCCAUAAAGAGAGGUUACAAUGUUCUGACAGAGGGACCUGAAAAAUCCCAUCGCAAGCGGAGACAGCAUACCUAUUCCUCUUCGUCGGAGGAAAGCUCAUAUGGACAGGCGUUAUCAGAGGAAUAUCUAAGGCAAGCGCAUACUUCAGGUACGCAUCACAAGGCAAAAGGGAAACGCAGAAGAAGAAAAACUAGAAUUCAUCACGUAUACCUUGACAGGAACACAAGAAGUGAGACCUCCAGACCUUCCAAAGAAAAUUCUGCAAAUUCUGCAUUAAAUAUUUUGGGGGACUUCUUGACUCAAGCCAGUCUAGAGGAAACUGACGUGGAUCCCAAAGCUGAUCAUGCAAAAGAUACGGAUGAAACAAUGCAGCUGGAGGAAAGCAAGUCACCUCUAGAAACAGAUAGUUCACACAUGCUGGAAAAUGACAAACUGAUGCCAUGUGCAGCGAUGCAGAGCGCUCCAAGUACAUUUUCUGACAUCGUCACAGGUUCUGCUGCUUCUGUUCCUGGGCACAGUGCUCCGGCAGCUGCCAGCACACAGGAUGUUCUGCAGGAUGAAAAGAAAAAAGAAAACGUCAACAGCUGUGAAAAUCAAGCUCGUUACAAAGUUCCCCUCCCUAAGAGACAUUUGGAACAAGUUCCUCCUAAAUCCUAUCUUUGCCAUUAUGAAUUGGCUGAGUCUCUACCGCAUGAGAAAAUAAAUGAGAUGACCAGUGAAUGGGUACAGUGUAAUCCUGGCAUAUUUAGCAGCCCGCCACCCUUGCCAUUCAAAGAAGCACAUGUAAACAAUCACACCUUUCUAACUACUGAGCAGUUAAUAGCCCCCUUUGCCCUGCCCGAUCAGACGUUGAUAUUCCCUCCAGAUAACCAUGAAAAAUUUAAAGAUCUCCCAUCGGAGGCGUAUCAGCAGAUCGUGCCGCCAAACAUGCUGGCCAGCAAAGUGAAGUUCACCUUCCCUCCCCCAGCAAUGCAGCCCCCAAAUUCCCCGCUGCAGCCCUUACCCUUGCAGCCGCCGCUGUGUUCUACCUCCGUAACCACCAUCCAUCACACUAUCCUACAGCAGCACGCUGCCGCCAGUACGCUGAAGGUUCUCCAGCCCCACCAGCAGUUCCUCUCGCAGGUCCCGGCUCUUUCCAGAGCACCUUUACCUCAUCUACCAGUAGGACCGCGGCUUUGCCCGGGGGGCCACGCAGCUUUUGUCGCCCCGCCGCAUUUGCCGCUGCUGCCGCCCUCGGUCCUGCACCCAACCCAGCUGGCGUUUCCCCCGCUGCCACACACUGUCUUCCCAUCCCUGCUGUCCCCGCACCCGGCCGUCAUUCCUCUGCAGCCUCUCUUCUAAGACAGGUUUUUUGGGGAUGGGGGAAGGAGUCUUCAGCUAAAUGGUCCUGCUGUUUCUGCAGUCCCCUCGGCUUUGCAAAAUGGUCCUGAGAAAUAUACUGAUUAAGAUUCAUUAUUCCUUGGGAGGCAUUUACUGUAAGUGUAACGAUGCAAACAUUCAUGCGAAGGUCAGACCUGUACUAUAACUAAAGCACUGAAUAGUCUGAUACUAAUAUGAACUCUCUCUGUAUAUAAAGUGAAAAUCAUGUCUUAGAAUAUGUAUAAUGUAUAUAAGAUAUAUUUAUAGUUCUAUAACUUAUGUUGUAAAGUAUUCAUUUUUGGUUUUUAUCUUUGUGUAUUUGCACCUAUUUAAUGUUUAGACAAAGCUGAUGCACUAUGUUUUGUACUAUGUUCUCUGAAACUGUAAAUCUAGUGACAAACUAUCUCUUGCAAUAAAUUUUUGUUAACUACUUAAGUAUAUAAAAAAUCUUUCAUUAUAAGCCUCAUGGAUGUUGUUCUUCCAUGUUCUUCUGCAGCUGAAUAGCAUCUUCUGCUCCUGCUGUGUUGGGAUAAUCAGGUUUCCUAUACAUCAGUGAUUUAUCAGGGAGGCUCAGAGGCUAAUACCUUGAGGGCAGCUGUCUUACCGAACAGGAGAGAAAGGGUAAUAGAUGUGUUCAUGUUAACGGUUUGAUGUCACCGUGACAAAUUUUGCCUACUUGUAGUAUGCGCAUGAACUGCUGACUGUUGGAGCUAAUCCCUUUUGUUCUAAACCAAAAAAGACAAGGUAACAAAAAUAA